AUGGGCGGCGUCACCUCGACGGUCGCGGCCCGCUUCGCCUUCUUCCCGCCCAGCCCGCCGUCCUACGGCGUCGAGCCCCUGCCGCCGCCCGAUGCCGCCGGGGCGGGGGCGGCGGCCGGGGAGGCCAAGGGGAAGGAGGGGAGCGUGGUGGUGGAGCUCACGGGGGUGCCGCGGAGGGCCAACGUGGAGGCGCGGCGGCUGCGGACCAAGCGGGGCACGGACGUGGUCGCCAUGUACGCGCGCCAGACCGGCGCCAAGCUCACGCUGCUCUACUCCCACGGCAACGCCGCCGACCUGGGCCAGAUGUACGAGCUCUUCGUCGAGCUCAGCGCGCACCUCAACGUCAACCUCAUGGGCUAUGACUACUCUGGUUAUGGGCAAUCUUCUGGAAAGCCCAGUGAGCAAAACACAUAUGCUGAUAUAGAGGCUGUUUACAGAUGUCUCAUAGAAACCUAUGCAGCCUCUGAGGAAAAUAUCAUUCUUUAUGGCCAAUCAGUGGGGAGUGGUCCUACUUUGGACUUGGCCUCACGUUUGCCUCGUUUGAGAGCAGUUGUUGUACAUAGUCCAAUUUUGUCUGGCUUAAGAGUGAUGUAUCCUGUAAAACAUACAUACUGGUUUGACAUAUAUAAGAACAUCGACAAAAUUCCACUAGUCAGUUGCCCUGUUCUAGUGAUUCAUGGUACAGCUGAUGAGGUUGUCGACUGUUCUCAUGGGAGGGCAUUGUGGGAACUCGCUAAAGUAAAGUACGAGCCUCUGUGGGUCAAAGGAGGAAACCACUGUAAUUUGGAACUCUAUCCAGAAUACAUUAAACAUCUAAAAAAGUUUGUUGGAGCCAUAGAGAAACUGCCAGCCCCAAGUGAUGAAUCCCCAGAGAGCUCAGGUGCAUCAGAUCGUACCCAAACAGAGCCUGAAGGUACAGAGGAGCCAAGGAAAAGCGUAGACCAUAGGGAGAAGACAAGGCCAAGCAUAGAUCAUAGAAAGAGCACAGAUCGUCGAGAUAAACCGAGGGGCAGUACAGAUAGGAGGGACAAAAGCAGAAAGAGUGUAGAUAAUCCUGACAGACCACGAGCCAGUGUUGAUCAGCCCGAUAGGCCAAGGAAAAGCGUCGACCGCUUUGGAGGGAUGAUGAAGGCUGUGAGGUUGCGCAACAUCGACUGUUUCAAGGUACCGACAACGUCCUCCGGGAGCUGA